CGGAUAUAUUUUUUUUGUAUAUAAGCACACCCCUAAACCAUGCCAUGUUCAACUUCCAAAAUUGGCGCACCUCUAAAAUGCUUUAAACUCUCAAAUAAGAACCAAAACUCUCCGCUAAAUCCUUCAAAUUCCCGCCAUAACACGCCGGAGAAAUUAGGGUUCGAAUCCCAGCUGCCCCCGACCCAAGUUUGCCUGAAAGAAAAUGGCCGGCGGAUCUGAGCCUCAAGCCUCUGCAUUUUCGGCAGCUGAGUUGGAAUUUCUUGCGGAAGAUGAGCUGAUCGAGAUUGUACCGAAUAUGAGAAUGGAUCCGCUAAAUUUUAUCUCUGGUGAUUUUGGCCCCUUUCGGCCGCAAAUAGCAACUCAAGUGCCACUAUGGUUGGCCGUAGCCUUGAAGAAGAGAGGCAAGUGCAUUAUUCGAGCUCCGGAAUGGAUGUCUGUUGAUAACUUAACACAAGUGCUGGAAGCAGAGCGCGAUUCUGAGAAGUUUCAGCUCUUGCCAUUUCAUUAUGUAGAAAUAUCAAGGCUUCUUUUUGAUCAUGCUCGAGAAGACAUUCCUGACAUCUACAUGGUAAGGUCCCUCAUUGAAGACAUCAAGGACGUAAGAUUUCAUAAAAUUGGGACAGGCUUGGAGAUUAUCUCGAAGGAACGUACUUAUGCACUGAGGCUUAAAAAUUUAUCCGCUAUGGAAGCAAAUAUAGUGCGUCCAUUUAUAACGAGAGCUCUUGAGACGUUUUAUAAGCUUAGUAGUUCUGAAAUGAUGCAAGAAUCAGACCAUGUGCCUAAUAGACAGCCCCAAGCAACCAACCGUGGGCCAAGACGGCAACUGAAAGAUAGAUGAUACAAUCUGGAGUUAUGACCAAAUAUCUUUGCCAAUGUGUACCAAAAUUAUGAACAAUUAUCACCUUAGAUGCUCUCACUGGACUAAUGCUAUUAUCUAUUGCUUUUUAUUUUCUAUGUAUCUUGUAUUAAAUGUCUUACACCUAAACAGUUUUGUUGUAAUUUAUGCCUACAAGCCAUUGGAUUAAGGGGGUUGUGGACUAAAGCUACUCUUUGAAUCGGUGUUGCAUGUGUGAAUUGGUUUCUUUUAA